GUUGGAUCCAUUGAGCGUUGCCCCACGAAUUGUACAUGUGAAUUUUACACUUAAGAUACUUCAAUUGGCUAGGUACAUGUACUACAUCGGCGGAAGGGCGGCCAUCUUCUACUCAGGUAAGCACCACCAGAACUGGGCAUUAAUACCUUCUCAACACCCAAACCGAACUUUUUGUUUGUUACACAUUCACAUUCAGACCGGAGGAAAAUCAGUAACGCUGCUACUCGGUACAUAGCCAACUGCGGAUUCAACACCCCCGGUAUACGACUGGUGUUAGCUUCAAUUACCUACCUCGCUCCACCCUCACUUCUCACCAGAUCAAAUUCCCGCACGCAAACAGAACGAAAAAAAAAGAGAGAAAAGAAAAGAAAAAAGAAGAAGAAGAAGAAAUACACGUGAUAUACGAAUUCGACGACAGAAUUAAUACUUAAUACGAAGGAAUAGAAUUGGAGAAACUAGUCAAUUCUUACCCUUGCUUAGUCGUGAAGCGACAAUUAAUCACGUCUACCUCUAGUUACCCUAUCACAAGUACCUAAGGUAUAAGUUAGGUACCUAGAUAAACACUCAUCUGCUCAAUUUCUCGCUCGAGCAGAGCAUCCAUUCCUUUCACCCAAGUCUAAAGCUACCGAACCCAUUAUCACCACUAUCUAUGCACGAUUAUCUCCCGAACCCGGCACUGAUUUACCAGGGGCCGGCGCUGCCGCGUGCCCCGCUGAUAUUAAUCCACGACGGUGGUGGCACCAAUUUCAAUUACCACCUCCUGAGCCAGAUUGGCCGUCCGCUAUGGGGUCUCGCGAACGCUAGACUCCACGAAGGCGGUUGGUGGGAAGGUGGUAUCCCUCAGAUGGCUACCUACUACGUCGGGCUCCUCGCUAAGGCUAUCCCCGAAGGCGGCGACAUCCUCCUCGGAGGUUGGUCACUGGGAGGGCUUCUAUCCCUUGAGAUGGCGCACCGGAUUGCCGAGGCGAGGCGUGAUGGCGGUACGGGGGCUAAGUUUCGGGUCAAAGGCAUGGUCUUCAUCGACAGCCUCUGCCCAAGCUACUCAGCUGAGAUGCGGGCACGGCUACCGGCAGAACCCGUGAUAUUAUCGGCCCAAGAGUCCGAAGCUAUGAAACUGAAAGAGAAGGUCAACUUGAACAUGACGCACGCCCGCAUCAUGGUGUCAUUCUGGGAGUUGCCACGCUGGGAGGAUGGGCUGCAGGCACCACCAACUAUCCUCCUACGAGCGAAAGAGUGGUUCAACCGCGACCCGUCCAAGAGCUUCGUCGAUUUCACGCGCGAAGACCGACUUCUGGGCUGGGGUGAUUAUAACAAGGAACACGGUGGUUUUAUUAAAGACGUUGUGGAUGUACAAGGUCACCACUUUUCCAUCUUUGAUUUUGACUACCUUGACGAUGUUACGAGCAAGGUCCGCGCCGCGGCAGACCAGUUGGAUCCGUUUAAAUUUUGAUGAGUAAUUCCUAAUACGCCCUAUUAGAUGUUUCUUGUCCAUUAGAUUUACACUAAAACAAGGCGUUCAAGAUCAAUUUUUAGAACCGGCGUUAAAAGGGGAUUACGCAAUGAUAACUAAACUAUACAUAGGUAGUAUAGAGUAUAGAAUGUUCACAUAUAUGUGCUAUUUUGAGUUUAUAGACUAUGUACCUAGGUA